AAUCAGAGAAUGGCGCCCAAGAGGCGCGCAGUCCGGGGGACUACAUUUCCCAGAAGCCUCGUGGGCUUCGCGUUGUUGUUCAGCUAUCAGUUCUGUGGAGCUCUCCAGCCCGGGGCUGCGAGGAAAGCUGUGGGUUCGCGAGGCCGGCUGGCUGAGCCGAGCGAGGGAAAUGGUCCCCGCUCCACCACUCGCCGGUUGAGGACGGGCGGCCCUGGCAGAGUGGCAGGCCAGCCGUGGCGCUGGGCGCCGGCCAGAAGGGGUAUAUUGUCGUCCCGUCUUGCUGCUGAAUGUCGGUUCCAGAGGAUGAGGAGAGGCUUUUGCCGCUUGCCCAGAGAUGGCCCCGAGCGAGCAAGUUCCUCCUGUCAGGCUGCGCGGCUACCGUGGCCGAGCUAGCAACCUUUCCCCUCGAUCUCACAAAAACUCGACUCCAAAUGCAAGGAGAAGCUGCCCUUGCUCGGUUGGGAGACAGUGCAAGAGAAUCUGCUCCCUAUAGGGGCAUGGUACGCACAGCCCUAGGGAUUAUUCAAGAAGAAGGCUUUCUAAAGCUUUGGCAAGGAGUGACACCUGCCAUUUACAGACACAUAGUGUACUCCGGAGGCCGCAUGGUCACUUACGAACAUCUUCGUGAAGUUGUAUUUGGCAAAAGUGAAGAUAAGCAUUAUCCCCUUUGUCUAGUCACAGCAGAACAGCCAAAAUGUCCGUAUUUAACCACUUAUGAUACAGUGAAACACUAUUUGGUACUGAAUACACCACUUGAGGACAAUAUCAUGACUCAUGGUUUAUCGAGUUUAUGUUCUGGACUGGUAGCUUCUAUUCUGGGAACCCCUGCUGAUGUCAUCAAAAGCCGAAUAAUGAAUCAACCACGAGAUAAACAAGGAAGGGGACUUUUGUAUAAAUCAUCAACUGACUGCUUGAUUCAGGCUGUUCAAGGAGAAGGAUUCAUGAGUCUAUAUAAAGGCUUUUUACCAUCUUGGCUGAGAAUGACCCCUUGGUCACUGGUGUUCUGGCUUACUUAUGAAAAAAUCAGAGAGAUGAGUGGAGUCAGUCCAUUUUAAGCCCUUAAAGAUGCAGCCCUUAAAGAUACUGUGUUCAGUAUCAUUGAAAUAUGGGCAUCUACAACACACACCCCUAUUAUUUCUACCUCUUUAGGAAGACACCUUACUCCACAGAGACUGUGAUUUAUAGGGGGCAGCACUUUGUUUUUCUCUGGAAACCCAAGUUCUCUUUGACUCCUCUUUUUGUUCAAAAGCAAUCUGGUUGGAUUACACAAGGCCACCUAAUGAGACCCGGCACAGAAUUUCAAGAAGAUUUGAAUCCUGAGCACUUAUCUUGGGCGAGAAGAUUUGACCUUUGAGAUGCUAUUCUAUGCUGAGGAGCCUACUUAGAGAAUUGCCAAAAGGGAGACAGCAUCUCAGACCUGAAGUAGACAAUAGGAAUCUGGAAGAAUACAUACAUACGUAGUGAUUCAGAAAUAUAUUUAAACUGUUGUCAGUAUUUUCAAUUGAAAUUUGAUGACUCCUUUUUCUGUUGUUAAAGUGCACAUACUGUAAAUUAAAGGGAGGUGAAUGAAAAUUCAUGAAUAAACAUUUUGAAUUUC